CGGAAAUGACCCAUCGCCCCGCCCCUUCCCAAUCUCUCUUUCCGGUGGCAGAGUCUGGAGGCGACGCGCAGAAAUGGCACCUCGCAAGGGAAAGGAAAAGAAGGAAGAACAGGUCAUCAGCCUUGGACCUCAGGUGGCUGAAGGAGAGAAUGUAUUUGGUGUCUGCCACAUCUUUGCAUCCUUCAAUGACACCUUUGUCCACGUCACUGAUCUUUCUGGCAAGGAAACCAUCUGUCGUGUGACAGGUGGGAUGAAGGUGAAGGCUGACAGAGAUGAAUCUUCUCCAUAUGCUGCCAUGUUGGCUGCCCAGGACGUAGCCCAGAGGUGCAAGGAGCUAGGCAUCACUGCCCUACAUAUCAAACUCCGGGCCACAGGAGGAAACAGGACCAAGACCCCUGGACCUGGGGCCCAGUCAGCUCUCAGAGCCCUUGCUCGUUCGGGAAUGAAGAUUGGGCGGAUUGAGGAUGUCACCCCCAUCCCCUCCGACAGCACCCGCAGGAAGGGGGGUCGCCGUGGUCGCCGUCUGUGAACAGGACUCCUCAGAUUAUUUUCUGUUAAUAAAUGUCAUGUAAGCUAUUUCAA